GCAGCAGCAAGCUGGUUAUAAAUGUAGAAAAAUAAAUGAACAGCAGUUAUUAUGACUUUAAAUCAAUAUGAAGUUCACUGAGAAAGCUUAAAAUGAGUUUGUAGCACAAAUAUUAACAGAAUAAAAUGAUAAUAUUUGAUGUAAAGUGCCGUUUUUAGCCACAUAACCUAACAAACUUAGCAUGGGGUGACGGUUUUAAGAGAAAAGGAGUUAAAAUCCUCUUUUUAACUUUAUUAUUUUAACUAGAAUUAAGACGUAGGGAAGAUGUGAUGAAGACAGAUCAUUUGUAAAAACGUAAUAAAGUGUGAAAACGGGAAUAAAUCGACAUAUUUUCGUGUUUGGUGCUAGCGCAGGUUAGCUUAGCUUAGCUUAGCUUCAGCCGUUGGUUUGUGCUAAGCUAACCCACCUGUACAGGUAACUUCCGGCACAUUUUGAAUAAUAAAUAAACAAACCCAGCAAAGAAACAGACAGGAGAUCGGUGGACUAAGCUGCAAUAAGUCUCUGUGGACGUUUUUAUUUUAUUUAUUUCAAAUUUUUUUGAUUUUUUUGGGGUAACCGUUAAAACCUAACGGCCGUUAGCAUAAGCUAACCAACCGUUACCUAGCAACUAAAAGCUACAACUACACCUUUCUUCCCUGCAGCUGCUUUUAUUGCCUUUUGACACCAAUAUAAGGACAAGUAAAAGCAGGUGCGUGCGGAGGACUGCUUGUUGUCGAUGACGUAGCUGAUCACAACCGACGUGGUGACGGAUAAAGUCUGCACCAGCCAGCGGAGUGACAGCCGGCCUCAGAGGGCGGACGGAGACACACGAGGAGCAUCGACAAUGGAAGAAGACGUUGACAGUGAUGAAGACGUGUAGCUGCAGACAGACAAGAACCUGCCAGCUGAAGAAAACCUUAUUUCUCUCUUCUGUAAGAUCCGAUGAAGAGCGGCUCACCUGUAGUCCACCCAGCCGAUCCAGGAAGUGCCUCUCUGAGGAAACCUGCCUCCGUCUUCAUCGUCAUCAUCAUUGUCUGACCGGCAGCCUGGAGGCAUUUCACCCCCGUCUGACAGUCGGGUUUGAGGAGAUCUCUCUUGGAGCUGGAGAGGAGAGGUUGGCCGUCUCUCUCUCUCUCUCUCCUCCAGCAGCCGUCGUGCUUCCCCUGCAGCCUCCCCGUCGCUUCAUCAUGGAUCUGUGGACUAAAAGAGUCGUUGGGAUUAUCGUUCAGGUCGCGCUGCUUCUCUCCAGCUCGUACGGGACAACCGGAGAAGAGGUGUGUGACAGCGCGCUGGUGUCCAAUCUGCCGCCGUCGUCCUUCAGGAGCUCCUCCCAGCUGUCCAGCAGUCACGCGCCGGGCUUCGCCAAACUGAACCGGAGAGACGGAGCUGGAGGUUGGUCUCCACUCACCUCAGACAGGUACCAAUGGUUGGAGGUCAGCCUGGGUGAGCGGACCAAGAUCACUGCUGUCGCCACUCAGGGCCGCUACGGCAGCUCCGAUUGGCUGACGUCGUACCUGCUGAUGUUCAGCGACACGGGACACAACUGGAAACAGUACAGACAGGAGGACAGCAUAGGGUCUUUUCCAGGUAACAGUAAUGCGGACAGCGUGGUUCAGUACAAACUGCAGCAGCCGGCGAUCGCUCGCUUCCUCCGCCUCAUUCCUCUCGCCUGGAAUCCCAGCGGGAGGAUUGGACUCCGACUGGAAACCUACGGAUGUCCCUACACCUCUGAUGUUGUGAGCUUGGACGACAGCAGCAGCAGCAGCAGCAGCAGCAGUCUGGUGUACAGGUUGAGUCCCGGGGGGCCGAGGCGGACGUCCAGAGAUGUCAUUUCCCUGAAGUUUAAAACCCUGAGGAAUUCUGGGACACUGCUGCACGCGGAGGGAGAGGGAGGACUCGGCCUGAGUCUGGAGUUAGAGAGAGGAAAGCUACAGCUGCUGCUCAGACAAGGUAGGACUUCAUCCUCUGAACCCCGGCGUCUCGCCUCUCUCGGCAGCCUGUUAGACGAUCAACACUGGCACCAUUUAGCAGUGGAGCGGCGCGGCUCUCACCUCAACCUCACUGUGGACAAACACACGGAGAGGGUUCAAAUCCCUGCAGAGUUCAGCCACUGGGACAUCGAACAGCUGAGUGUGGGAGCAGUCCAGAGAUCUCAGAAACUGAACUUUCAUGGCUGCCUGGAAAACCUGCUGUACAACGACCUCAACCUGAUAGAACUCGCUAAAAAUAAUGACCAACAGGUUACAGUAGUGGGCAAUGUGACCUUCUCUUGUGCUGAGCCAGUUUCCGUCGCCGUGACGUUCCCCGGCCCCCAGAGCUUCCUCCAGUUGCCGUUGCCGACAGCGACGGCGUCCUCCUCCUCUGGGGGCCUAACCGUGGGGUUCCAGUUCAGGACGUGGGACAAGGCGGGGCUUCUGCUCACCUUUGCCCUGCCUCAGGAAGGGGGCGUGGUUUGGCUGUACCUGAGCGAGGCCAGGCUGCGGCUACAGAUCCAUAAAGCUGGCAGGGCACUGCUGGAGCUCAGUGCCGGUUCUGCUCUGAACGACGGGCAGUGGCAUUCGGUGGAGCUGAACUCCAGACGAGGUCGUCUGACCGUCAGCGUAGAUCAAGAAGAAGGAGGCGUCGCUCACGCCAGCUCCUCCGUCACCGCGGGAAGUCGACUCUUCUUUGGUGGUUGUCCCGCUGAAGAAGACGGUCACGAAUGUGAAAAUCCCUUCAACAUCUUUAAAGGCUGCAUGCGUCUCCUCAGCAUCGAUAGCCGGCUGGUGGACCUGAUUAUGGUGCAGCAAAGACUGCUGGGAAAUUACAGUCAUCUGCAGAUCGACAUGUGUGGCAUCAUUGACAGGUGUUCUCCCAGUCGUUGUGAACACGGCGGACGCUGCAGUCAAUCCUGGACCGUCUUCCACUGUAACUGCUCUGACAGCGGCUACAGUGGAGCGACCUGCCACAGCUCUGUGUACGAACAGUCCUGCGAGGCGUACAAACACAACGGCAACACGUCGGGACACUUUUAUAUCGACGUGGACGGCAGCGGACCAAUCAAACCGCAGCUGGUCUACUGCAACAUGACAGAGGAGAACACGUGGAUGGUGAUCCAGCACAACAACACAGAGCUCACAAGACUGCGACCGUCUCCGGGUGGAAACCAACAUUCGGUCCACUUCGAUUACUCGACCGAAGAGGAGCAGCUGUUGGCCGCCAUCAGCCAAUCGGAGCACUGCGAACAGGAGCUGUCCUACCAGUGCAGGAAGUCCCGCCUCCUCAACACUCCAGAGGGCUCUCCGUUCAGCUGGUGGCUCGGUGGUCCUGGUGCCGGUCGCGUCCAGACUUACUGGGGUGGAUCUCAGCCUGGCAGCCAGCAGUGUGCCUGCGGCCUGCAGGGCGACUGUGUGGACCCACAACACUACUGCAACUGUGACGCCGACCGCAUGGAGUGGACCGAAGACUCGGGCAUGCUCACCCACAAAGAGAGCCUCCCUGUCAAGUCUCUGGUACUGGGAGACAUCCAGAGGCCGGGGUCAGAGGCCGCCUACAGGGUGGGACCCCUCAGUUGUCAUGGAGACAAGAACUUCUGGAACGCUGCGUUUUUCGACAAGGAGACGUCGUACCUCCACUUUCCCACCUUCCACGGAGAGCUGAGCGCGGACAUCUCCUUCCUGUUUAAAACCACGGCCUCGUCCGGCGUGUUCCUGGAAAACCUGGGCAUCAAAGACUUCAUCCGGAUCGAGCUGAGCUCUUCCACUCAGGUGGUUUUCUCCUUCGAUGUGGGUAACGGGCCGCUGGAGGUCCGCGUGGAAUCGAGCGCCCCGCUGAACGACAACCGGUGGCACCGAGUCCAAGCCGAGCGGAACAUCAAGGAGGCGACGCUUCGAUUGGAUGAGCUUCCGGCCGCCACGCAGGAAGCUCCCGCUGACGGACACUUCCACCUGCAGCUCAACAGCCAGCUAUUCAUAGGAGGCACGGCGUCCAGGCAGAAAGGCUUUCGGGGCUGCAUUCGCUCUCUGCAGCUGAACGGCGUCACCCUGGACUUGGAGGAGAGGGCGAGCAUCACACCCGGGGUUCGACCCGGCUGCCCGGGUCACUGCAGCAGCUACGGAUCGUUCUGUCAGAACCAGGGCCGCUGUGUGGAGAGAGACGCCGGCUUCCAGUGUGACUGCAGCCUGUCGGCGUACACUGGAGUCUUCUGCCAUACAGAGGUGUCGGCCGGCUUCAAGUCGGAGACGUCCGUCAGCUACACCUUCAAGGAGCCGUACGAGUUGAGCAGGAACAGCAGCGCUCUGCCGUCCUCCAUCUACUCCGACAUGACGCUGAGAGAAGAGAACGUCUCCCUGAGCUUCAGGACCAACCAGAGUCCGGCUGUGCUGUUCUACGUCAGCUCCUACUACAGAGAGUACCUGGCCCUGCUCAUUAACAAGCACGACAUGCUGGAGGUGAGAUACAAGCUGGACGGCAGCAGAGACGUCGAAGUUUUAAGAAGCGCAGCGAAGAGCCUGGCCGACGGACAACUGCACACUGUUUCCAUCCGGAGACUGACAGACUCUGUGUCCGUGCAGAUCGACCAGAACGCCAGAGAAGACUUCAACCUGACAGCUGACGGAGAAUUCAGCGCGAUUAAGUCUCUCGUGUUGGGCAGAAUUUACGGGUCUGAUGAUUUGGAUCCAGACUUGGCCCGGUUGGCUUCUCUCGGUUUUACCGGCUGUCUCUCGGUGGUCCGCUUCAACUCCAUCAGCCCCCUGAAAGCGGCUCUGCUCCACCCGGACACCAGCCCCGUCUCCAUCACCGGACCCUUAAUCCAGUCCAACUGCGGCUCCUCGUCUUCGGCCAAUCCCUACGAGGCCGAGAACACACACCACCUGUCAGACCAGUCUGGCUCGGUGGGUUCAGGUCAACCUUUAGUCAAUGCCAUCAGGACCGACUCGGCUGUGAUUGGAGGUGUCAUAGCGGUGGUGAUCUUUGUGAUUGUGACUGGUCUGGCGAUAACUGCCAGAUUCCUCUACCGGAGAAAAGAGACGUAUCGAAACCAAGAAGUGAAGGGGGUCAAACAGGACGACAGCCAGGAUUUCCCUUUCAACAACCAGGCUGACUCCCAGAACGCCUCCGGCGAAAACCCAAAGGAGUAUUUCAUUUAACUGGAGGCCCCCGAUGACCCGAUGAGCUGGUGGUGGUUGGUUUUUGGAGCAGAGGUCGCAGACAGGGAGGCGUCCCGUCACGCCUCAGGACUUUACACUGCACUCAAAGCCACUCAGAGACUUCACCUGGAGGCCGUGGCUCCACAGAAUAUGGAAAGCAAGAAGGAAACAACGCACACAGUUUUUUGUCAUUUACUGUAAAUUGUGAAUAUACUGAUACGGACUUCUAAGAUGUUGAUAUCGUUUCAAAAACUGUAAAUAUUCAAAGAUGUAAAUGUGGAAGUAACGUCUCCGGCAAUCGCUAACUAAUGUCAUAUUGAAAAGGUUGCAAAUACUCUUAAGGGAAACAGUUUUAAUGGCUUGAUUCUGAGCAUUCAAACUUUAUUUCGGGGGGUGCUUGGGAAUCGUGACUGGAGAGUCUGAUGCACUUUUCUAUGAGGCUAAUGAAUGGACGUUUGCAUAAGUGGAAGUGGAAAUGUCUGACCCAUAAUUAGGCCCUCAGGAAGAGCAGCACUUCUGCAAGAGUUUGUGUUUGGCGCUUCGCUCACUUGUGAUGCUUUUCUUGUCGUGCGCAGAGCUUCGGAGGAGAAACAGUGUGAAGCUCGUUAGAGGCCUCAAAGUCCUGUUCAAGGGAGAUCCGUGUGAGCUCGUACACUCAACUUUGUUUGAUGAUUUUCCGACUCCAGUCAGCGACAGUGAUUUUGUGUUAGUAAGUGGCAUCUUCAAAGUCGUACUCACUCCAGUCACGCACGUUGCCAUCAGCACAUAACAUCUCGUACCGCUGCAGUUUGGCAGCUACUGGUCAAGAGACUUGGAAACUUUCCAUCCAGUUGGGAUUCAUUUUCCAUUUUAUCUUCAGUUUAAUUUAUUGUUUUUCCUCUCGUGCUUUGUUCUUUUCUCUCGUUGGUUUUCCAACAUAAAAGCACAACAACAACAGGGAACAAAACUAAAUCCACGAGCACUGAACGUUCCUAUACUUUGCGAGCUCGUCAUAAAACUCUGGUGCAGGUUGUUCGCUCCGUUAUAAAAGUUCUCUCCUCCCCCGCUGUUUCCUCUCGCAGCCCUCCAAAACGUCUCUGAGCAGUAAAGCUUUUAACACUGACAGCAGCACAGACUCUCUUAACACCACUGCUGUCUGUCACCUCAUUUGCUGCACGCAGAGACCGUUAAUGUGUUUUUGAAAUGCUGAUCCGCUUUCCGUCUGACAGGUGGAUUGUGACUCGACGGAAAGCAGGAAGAGAUGAUCGGAAACGAGACAGGAAAGAUAGGCCGAGAGAAAGUGUCAGGCAGACAUGGAUGUAAUGAGAACAGCCUGAUGUUAACACUUGAAAAUGAAGCAAAUCCUCCCACGUGUUAAUUCAGCUCAUGUGAAGAUAGAGGCAGAAAGAGGAUCGACAGCAGCUGUUUAUCAAAACACACACCGCCGUCUCUCUCCGAGACCCCAAAGCACAGAUGGGAUUUUAAUGACAAAAGUUGCUAAAGCUUCAAAGUGCAUUAUUCAUCCUUUUGUUUCUGUUUUUCUUUCUUAUUCCACGUCACGGCGGCCGGGCCCACACAUAGUCACGUGUUUGAGUUCAUCCUUCGGUGAAGAGGACGCGGAGACUUCUCGUCCUCCGUCCUGCAGCACAGCGCUCGAUUCGCUGAGAGGAACCCGACCGGUUACCUCAGCAGCCUCAUAAUCUCGCGGAGUGAGCACGGCAGGAGGACGCAAAGUAAAAUGUUUAACGUUUGAGCAAGUCACUGACGCAUGCAGUGAUGGUGUGAACCCGCGAGGAUACGGAUGUUUUGACCUUCAGGGUCGGUUUAGUUUCACUGUGAACAACUUUUUUUGUUUCGUACCAGUUUCACAUCAAGUCUCUUGAUUCUGUUUUUGUCACCGGCCUGGUCACACCAAGGAAGUGCUCGCACGGUAAUCUACUGUAACCGGUGACACUAGCCAGCCACAAUAUCAUUUCAUUAAACAAACCUCUGUGCAAAGUAAUGAGCUUACUGCCACUCAAAGUUCACCAAAGUUGAAUUCAGAACAAAAGAUUCUCACUUCUUUACUUUCCACUGUGAGUGUGGAGUUAACUGGAGUUAAUUAAUGUCGCCACGACUUUUAAUCAUUUUAAAUGCCGCUGAUAUCAGCCUUAAAGGACCUCAGUGUACGAUUUAGUGGCAUCGAGCAGGAUCGUUGCUCACCCCGGGAGACGAUACGCGACCUAUAGAUAAAAAAUGAUUCUUCUUUUCAGGUGGUUAUACACUAAUUAUGCAUAUUAUAUUACAUUUCUGUCAUAUUCUAUAAAUUGAGUCCCACUAAAUCACACACUGACACGCUGGACCUUUAAGGCUGGUGAUAUUCUGUAUUCUCUUUGUUGUCUUCGAAUCCCAUGAAACGACUAAAACAAACAAUUAGGUGCCCGAACUACAACGUCUGUGCAGCCUAAGCCUGAUAUAUGAGCCAGGCCACAUGUUUAUGUCAUGGAGCUCUGAUCCUGCCGCCGUUAAUACUCCGUGAGACACAAAAUGUGUAUUAAUCCGCUGCUGAAAAUUGUCACUGAGUAACGUUUGCAAAAAAACGUCAGUGUCCAGCUGUUUUAAGAAAUGACCUGAUUUUAUAUUUUAAUAUUUACAUAUUGAGUCAGAAGAGACUGAGGCCACAGACAGGUUAGAGAAGUCCGAUCCUGUUGGGAUGAAUAUUGUUGGAUUUGGUCUUUUCAUGGGAUUAGUUGACCAAAAGAGCGUUGAACAGUGUCGUUUGGGUUCGUUUCUUUUUAGUAUACAGUGACUGUAGUGUUGGUGAGUAACAGUGAUGUUGUGAGAGUGAGUGACAUGCUGCAGAUUUUACUCACCUCAAUCCUGUUUGAUAAAAUUCAAAAGAUCAUGUUUCCACUGUAUCUGGACGUUUUUUUUCUGCUUUACAGACGAAUCAUCGACUGAAUAAAUGUUAACAGGACACUCCAA